AGCCUAGGGGCUACGGCGGUCAGCAAGUGCCACGUUUUGCAGGUGAUGGUGACACGAGUCCAAAGCAUGUGGGGUAACCUCUGUUGUUGUGGCACCCCCGUCGCCGUGGGCCGUGAAAUUCGUAACCUGAUGCGGGCACGCUGGCAAUGCCGUUCGCUCCAACAUACUUGGCACGAGCUGCCACCAACCUGGCAUAAACACGUCCGGUCCAUCAUGGUUGAACCUCUCCUUAUAAUCAUCAAUCUUUAAGGGGUGUUGCCUGCCCGAAUACUAAGUCGAGCUGUAGUUUCAAAUGGCCAUGACUGGCAAACCCCUCCCUUGGGACUCUUUCCCCGAGUGCCCAGGGCUCCCAGAUCUCUCGACUGCGCAAACACACGGUCUACUCGAUCUGCCCAGCGGCGUUCAGAUGUGGCACGCCGUCUUCGGUAUACCGUUGAAAACCACUCUCGAUGCACAGAAGGCUCCCUUGAUUUUUCUGCACGGCGGUGUUAGCCACUCGGGCUAUCAUGGACAUCAAAUCCGACACUUCGCCUCCAAAUAUACCAUCAUCGUCUAUGAUCUUCGGGGUCAUGGCCGAUCUCCUCUAGGCCCCGAUGCAAAAUUAACUUACGACAAGCUGACAGAGGACCUUCUUGGACUGCUCAAUCAUCAUUCUAUCCCGAAAGCCACCUUGAUUGGCUGGUCGGAAGGCUGCGUUGUCUCGUGGUCUUUCUUGUCCCAACAUCCUGAUCGCGUCGAGAGAGCUUUCCACUACUCUGCCAUUGACGACUACCGCAAGACUGAUGGGGAGCGGGUGGCUCAAAUCCAAGGAGUGAAGGACUACUUCGCUCGCAUGGAGCAGGAGUGGCAGGUGCUCAACCCAGCUGCUGACUACGGGAAGUUUAUAGGCUCGUACGUGGACAUGUGGAUGCGAGAGCCGUCCUGGAGCGCCGAAACCUUUCACAAUGUUCCUGUACGAGGUGAGCAUUCUGCAGCACCUAUUGUCUGGGUAGUUACUGCCGAUCACGAUGACUGGAUUCCUCCCGACCAUCAUCGACGAUUUCACAGCUACAUACGCAAUUCGAGCUUCUUGGAGAUGCCGGGUACGGGUCACAUGGCAUUUGUGCAGACGCCUUACAUGUACAAUAAGGUGCUUGAGGCGUUUCUCGAGGAUGGCACACCAACAAAAGCACGUCUGUAGUGAUCUGAGGAACAACGUGUGUGACGAGUAUUCUACCUGAUUCAUAGCCCAUGUGCUGUGCAUGUUGGUUCCCGAGCGUCCCAAGGGCUGCGACAUCAUCAAAUUCUGGUAGACUAUUUUCCGUUCCAGCCGGCCAAGGUCACAAGCAGGCAGCUGAUAUCGAC